AUGGGGGAUCCAGACGAGAGACCCUGGGAAAUAGAACGUGUUCCGAUACAGUUGCCACGACAACAUCCAGCUCCGAUAGUAGAAGACAUCCGCUAUGAAGCCCUUAACAUAUUCCAGUUUUUUGGUAUACGGUUUCCCUUUGAUGAGCAAACGAUCAUUCGUUUUGCUACAUUGGAGGAAAAUUUUCCGCCGGAAUUCAAACCGAAUAAUGUUAUGGAGCGAGGUGGAAUCCUUCUAUUCAUUUGGGCGGACCGGUUACCAACUCCAGCUACACAUCUGCAACAAUCCAUCAUCCGCUUACCACUUCUGGGACAGAUCGCUGACCUUCCGAGAUUUGUCUUUCUAUAUGCUCGUGCACAAAACGAACCUCGAGAAGGUGACAGAACAAACAGGUGCCCUCUAUGUGGUUCACACUUAUUGGGACUCCCCCUUGCUGAUCACCGUCUUGAGAAUUGCCCAUUUGGUAUACUUGAAGGCGAACAACGGCUGGAAUUCUUGGCCAUAAACCACGUUUCCUACUGCCACAUGUGCAACAGCCGCUCAGCCACUCAUAGCCAAUGCGCAAGACCACCAUGUCGCCAAUGUAACAUAGUCGGACACACCGUAGCCUCAGGACUAUGCGAAUCUCCCAUGGGCACCACGAAUCUUGGACAACAACAUCUACUUCAACAAAGGGUCACCACCUUUCGUCGAAAUCAUCUGCUUCGCAUCCGUGCACUGACCAACCGUCAGGACAGACCACUCCAAUAUAGAUCGUACACCGACCAGGCCUUCAUCUAUCUUGAGAGACGAGUGCAAAACAGACGAAAUGAGAUGAUUGGAUGGAGCUUCUACCACGAUGACGCCGGCGAAUUCCCUCAACAUCACCCUGGGAGAUACUCCAACUACUUGGAAGAACGUCCGGUCCAUUAUCUAUCACUCGCCCCACCUGAAUAUCAUUCUCAGGCAGUGAAUAGAAUUCCAACGUUUGCACCAAGAUAGGUUCUCUACCUACAGAGUGUGAGUGAGGUUAUCACCGAAUUUCGUCGCACAGGAGAGCUUCACAUGGAGCAACUUCUACCACACGAGAUAAACAUGAGAGAACAACAACCUGAUGUACCACCCGCUGAACCGGCUAAUGAUGUAGUCGCACCACCACCACUCAUGGAUCUCGGACCACCCGUGAACCCAAUGCUACCAUUGGACCUGCCUUAUAACGUAGUGAGAGAGAUUGGAAUCGCUGCUGCCAUGCAACUGCACCGCAUUCCCGCUCCAUUUCAUCUGAUUCCUUUUGCACUGCAAUGGGUACACAAUGAACAGGGCAGGGCACGGGCCAGGAGACAUGAGCGACCACCAAUGGCAGUGGAGGAACAUCCAGUCGAAGUGCCUGCAUCACCCGCUUUAUCAGUCAACAACUCCGAAGAAUCGAGUUCUGAAGAGGACGGACCCGAUGAUCAAAUUCUCCGCAACGUCUCCCCCCCCCCCCCCCCAAUGCAGCGGGGAACGAUCUGCAAGAAAUGAUCACUGAGGCCAGAAUCAACGGAAACGCCUACAUCAACUGUCAGGAAUCCUUGACACUAGAGAACGACAGUGCCAGACCAGCGUUUCAGCACAGAGCUUUCGAAGGCCUCAUCCAACACCCGCUUCCAUUAGGACAGGACGCAUUAGUAUCGAGAGUUCGAGCACUACAGGUCAUUCUAUGUGGCCGCGCCGACCCAAGAUACGACGCUCCAUUCAAUGGUUCGCCCAUCUUACUUCGUCAGUACGCCGAGGACAUGAUUCAAUAUGGUCAUGCCUUGAAGGCUGAAGAAUGUUUGAUGGUACAGUUGGAAGAAAACGAACCGAACAAAGUCAUGCGAAAACAGCGUUACGGAGCUGACACUGUCACACUUCCUACAUUCGAUCUUUGGUGCAUUCCGGAGGUUCGGCAAUCAUUAUACGUGCUGUUUCAACCACAUCCAUUUGGGGAUGAGUCUACACGGUGUUUAGACAGAUUUGGAAAUACCAACCGCUACUGGUUUACGCUUCCAAUCUCUGGCGAAUACACCCUUCUUGAACAACUUCAAGAAGACGAGGAAAGGAGACUUACCUUCCGAUUUACGCCUACAAACCGGUGCAUUUGGGAAUCCCCACUUCACGAUGUAACGAAACUCAGACGAGCCCUGAAUACUCCACUUCCCACCGGACAACAAGCUUUGCGACUACGAUUGGCAUGGAUGAUUAACCUACUUACUGGUCAGAAACCUCCCGAAACCGUCUUCCAAGGUACAUACGUUGAAACACGUAACUUCCUGAAGAUAGUACGAGGAGCGACUAUGCUGGUCCUGGGCAUCCGUGAAGAAGCCUCAACUGUCAAGGUUGAGCUUUCGACUUGUGUACGUCACAUCGCAACAUCAUCCGCUAGAGGCCACAAUUUAGUCCUACCGACUUUUACCCUCUUUACGAUGUACUCCAUGGAGAAGUGGGAAGCUUGGCUCAACGGCUGUUGGAAUCACAUCUUCAACGAAAUCACGGGAAGAGACAUCGAAUCCUGCACCUGUCACCAAGACGAGGAGAUGGAAUGA